AUAAAGUCUUAAAACAGAUUUUUUCAGUGUAACAGGUAAAGUUCAUAUAAGCCAUCUUAUCUGAUUCUCAUAAGAACCCUGUGAAGUAAGUGGUAUUAUUUUCCUUUGCUGAAUGAGGAGAGUGGCUCAGAGAGGGGUAUUGCUGCCUUUGGUUUGGAGAAUUGGAACUUAAACUUGAGUGUUUUUAACUCCAAAGCUUGUUUUCUUUUCUUCACAAUAUUCUGCCUCCCCUUGGAGCGUUUAAGCCAUUGUAUCCCCGGUCCUUAUAGUAAAUAUAGAGGAAGCAUUAUGAAGCUUGAACAGAAAACUAUUAAUGUGAGUCAAGGUGUAUUGUAAAACCUCAGAGUUUUCCUUUACAAUAAAUGAAGGCUAUGCAAAUAAUAUGAACCAGUUUUGCACUUGACUUUGUCACAUUUUUAGGCACAGGAUCAUAGUAUGCUAGAGCUAGAAGAAGGAAUGUUUAAUACUCUUACUCCCUUAGUUUAUAAAUUAGAAAACUGAGACCCAGAGGGGUAAUGGUUCUCCAUAGUCAUUGGUGUGAAUAAGUCUAAAAGAUAAUUUCUUCUGGUUUUAUGUCCAGUGUUCUUUCCCUUCGUUUGAUGUUGCCUAACAUUUCUGAAUCAUCUGUUGAGAUGUUGAGUUUCUUAAUAUCUGGUAUCUGGGUUACUAAAAGUACUAGAUACAUUUACUUAAAUGAAACAUAAUUCUAGCUUUUUUUUUUUUUUUAAUGUACCUCAUCUGGUUUUUCCCGUUCUAAGGCAACUAUAUUUUAGUCCUUAUGAUGAUUGGGAUUAAAUUGCUAUAAUUACAUAUAUGGAAAGUGUGUUUACUGUGGAUUUAGAGGACCUAGGUUCAAGUUUUAACUCCACCAUUUACUAGUUGUGUGACCCUGGGCAAGUCAGUUUACCUCUCUGAGCAUGUUUCUUCAACCUGCAAAAUGAAAUGGUAAAAUCCCCUACUAUACUUGUGAGAAUUAAGUGAAAUCAAAUAUGUGAGAGUGCCUAGCACAUCAUCACACCCCAUAGCUAUAAGAUCUGGAGUUAAUAGCGACAGACAGUAAAGGGGUUUUGUGAUAACUGAGGUUGAAACUAUUUGAAUUUAAAUUUUAAAAAUAUCUUUUUAUGGAAUUAGGGUGGUGCAGAUGAUUUGUGCUCAUAUACAGGCAGUCUCCAGAUUAUGAACGCGUCCUGUUCCUAAGUCUUUAAGUUGAAUUUGUACGUAAGUUGGAACAGUUAGGUAUGGUUCGUAUCUAACGUCAGUUAGUCAAAUGUUUGUCUUAGCAUAUAGUGUACCUUUUUAUACAUAAAAAAAUGAAACACUUCCAGAUACACUAAAACACCUUUAACAUAAUAAUAAUGUUUUGAUGCAUGUUGCAAAGUAGCAACCAUUUGUUAUUACAAACCAUUGUAUGUACCUCAAAUUUUUGAUAUAAUAGGCCUUAUGGGGAUUGAUUCGUAACUAUGGAUUAUAUGUGAGUCGAAUGUUCAUAACCUAGGAACUGCCUGUACUAACCAAAAGGUUGGUGGUUCGAACCCACCCAGCAGCACCAUGGAAGAAAGGCCUGACGAUGUGCUUCCAUAGAGAUUACAACCAAGAAAACCUUACGGAGCUCAGUUCUGUUCUGUAACACAUGGUGUCACCAUGAGUCGGAAUGGACUCAACAAGUUUUUUCUUGGUUUAAGGUACUGUUCAUUAUAUAAAAUACAGGGAAAUAAAAAUAAUUCACAAUUCUACCAUUUACAGGUAACCAUCAUUUAAUUGCUUUUUUUCUUAUAUGAUUCCAAUAUAAUUUCUAAACAUACUGUACACAUUUUUACAAAAGAGAAUCAUACAUGUUGUUUUGUACUUGUUUUUUCAUGUAAGAACUUAUUCUGGACAUUUUACCAUAGAAUUAAAUCCUGUUCUACAAUAUUUUAAUGGCUAUAAAAUAUACCAUUAUGUAGAUAUUGCAGCAUAAUUUUUAAGUAAAAUUUCAAUGUCAUCUUCAAGUGGGUGCUUUAGCUUAUUAAAUCACAAAAUCAAAACUAUACAUAAUUUUCCAUAUAUUUUAAAGCAUUUCCAUGUAAAUAUUCAGUUGCAAAGGUGAUUUUUCUUCUCUUUAAUAUACAGCUUGGUUAAUAUUGCCAGAUUAUUUCAGUAGAGCAUUUACUGUAUAUGUAAAAUGCGAUAGUGCUACAGAAGUUUUGAAUGUUAAUGAGGUCACAUUUAUUAAUAUUUCUGCUUACAUUUAUGCUUCUUAUGUAUUUAAGAAACCAUUCCCUACACCCUUGUUAUAUAGAUACUUCCCUGUACUUCUAAAACUUUUAAAAGUUUCACUUCUUGCACUACAGUGUUUAAUCCAUCUAGCAUUGAUUUUCACAUACGGAGGGUGGAGACAACUUUUUUUUCCCAUAUGGAUAGCCAUUUGUCCUCUUUAUUGGACAGUCCAUCCUUGCCCUAGUGAUUUCUAAUGGCACUGCUAUCAUAUACUAAUUUCUAUAUAUGUAUGUAUGUUUGGGGGCUGUUAUUCCAUUUUUACUGUAUUGGCCUGUUUGCCUAUCUAUACAACAACUUUGUCUAAUUACUAUAGCUUUAAAAUAAGCCAUGGUACCUAGUAGGACAGAUUUAUGUGACAAAAAAAAUCAUCAUAAACAAAAUUAAAAGACAAGCCACAGAUUGGGUGGUAAUAUUUAUAACCCAUAUAACCAACAAAAAGCUAGUAUCUAGAAUAUAUAAAGAACUGCAAAUCAGUUACCACCAGAAACAACCCAAUAGAAAAAUGGGAAAAUUAUAUGAACAGGUCAUUGAAGAGACACUUAACUUCAGUACAAGCAUACAGGACAUGCAGGUUAAAGUAAUAAUGAGCUAUCAUAUCAAAACCAUCAGACUGGCAGAAAUUAAAAUUUAGCAACACUUAACACUUCAGAAUAUAUGGGGAGACAGAAAUACUCUUACAUUCCACAUUUGGAGAUGUAAAUUGAUUGAACAUCUCUGGAGAGAAAUUUUAAAUACCUAGUAAAGUUGAAGCCCUGGUGGCGUAGUGGUUAAGUGCUACGGCUGCUAACCAAAGGGUCGGCAGUUUGAAUCCACCAGGUGCUCGUUGGAAACUCUAUGGGGCAGUUCUACUCUGUCCUAUAGGGUUGCUAUGAGUCAGAAUCGACUCGACGGCACUGGGUUUUGGGGUUUUAGUAAAGUUGAAAAUCCACACACCCUAUAAGCCAAGAAUUCUACUUCUAGGUAUCUACUCUAAAGAAGCUUUUGGUCAUAGAUUAGAAGAUAUGUUUAAAUAUGUUCAUUGCAGCAAUGCUUGUAAUAGCAAAAUAAACAAACAUAACUUCCCUCAAUAGGAGACUGGGUGGGCAGUGUAGGGAGUACAAUAUUAUGCAGCACUUAACAUGAAUGGAAUAGAGCUAUAUGUAUCAGCAUGGACAAAUCUUAGAAAUAUAAUGUUAAGUUAAAAAGCAAGUUGAAAAGACAUGUAUAGAAUGAUUUUAUUUGUGUAAAAUUUAAAAGACAAUAGUAUAUAAUACUGUUCGUAAAUACAUGCUCAUGUAGUAAACAUAAGCAGGAAUUAUGUACACCCACUUCAAGAUACUGCUCGUUACCUAUGGGGAAGGAGAGGAGGAAGCAAUUGUGGGCAUGAGGGGAUAUGACUUUAGCUGUUUUAUAAAAAUUUUUACCCCUUUUUAAAAAGAAAACUGAAAAAAUGUAGAAAAAUCAACUAAAACUGGGUUGUGGAGAUAGGUUUUGGUUGUUUUCAGUUCUUUUCUAUAUGAUUGAUACAUUGCAUAAUUUAAAAUUCUGUAAAGAUAAAGUGAUUACCUCACAGUAUGUUCUCAAGGAAUGUUAAUUUGAUAAUUUCCCUUCCCUCUGUACCACCAUUUUGGUUAUUCUUAUGUAUUUGGUUAUGUAUUUGUUCAGAGACUGUUUCUAAAAUGGCUUAAACCCAGAAGGGCUUCCUCAUAUGAAAGAAGUUGGGAGUAGGCUUGGCAGGGCUGAUAGGAUAGAUUCAUGAUCUCGUCAGGGACCCAGGCAUUUUCUUUCUUUCUGCUCUAAUGAGCUGGUUUCCAUCCUCAAAGUUCCCUUAUGGUCCAAGGUUACUGUUUGAACUCCAGCCUUUGCAUCUUAAUUUCAGCAGCAAGAGGGAAGGAUAGAAGAAAGGCCGUCCACCCGCCUAUUAAGGAAGCCUGGCAGAAGUUCUUCCCAACACUUCAGAUUAUGUUUUUGGGGCCAGAAUUUAGUCACAUGGCUAAAUCUUGCUGAAAAGGAGGCUGGAAAAUGCAGUCUUUUUAGCUGAUACAUUGUCUGAGAUUUCUAAGGAAGAAGAAGAAAAUCGAUAACCAAGAGUCUCUUACAAGCCAGAACUUACAAGUUACUGGCUUCUAAAUGUGGCAUUAUUUUCAUUUUAAAGUGCUUUCAUGAAUUUUCACAGAUCAAAUAUAUUAAAACUCAUAAGCACUGUCUUCAAAAUCAGUGAGGUGUAAAUUUGGGGUGACUAUGUUUUUUAUGUUAUUGAAUAAACAGAGUCAUGUCAUAUCUUUUUUCAGAGUGAAAAACAUGCUCAAAAUGUUAGGUUUUAUUUUCAAAUGCAUGGGGAACAGUUUGAAGUGCCCAAUAAGCAAAUGAAGAUGCAUGCUAUGAAUUUUCAGGUGAGUGACCUUCGUUGAGGUUGUAAUUCUAAACUUUGAGUGUUUGAAUCUUUUUUAACAAGAUUGUGAUUAUUUCAGGUGCAUGGGAGUGGAGUAGUGGACAGAGGCAAAUUUUGUGAUCUUUGCAACUUAGUUUUUAGCUCCCCAGUUGUUGCUCGUUCUCACUAUAUGGGGGGAAUCCAUGCUAAAAACCUGAAGCAGUUAAUGGGAGAACGCGAUCAGAUAUCUCCAUCAGGAUUUCAGCCAGAAAUGGCAGAUGUGCCUAUUACUACUUCUGCGGAGCCAACCUUCAUGAAGCCCCUUGCUGUUGAGCCUCCUCUAGGCACCUCCUCACACUACUAGUGUAUUUUAUUCCCCUUUUGUAUUCUCUUUUCCACCUACUUUUUUCCUCCUUACUGUUAUUUUUCAACUCUUUUCUUAUUAGAUCUCUCUGUUUCAUGUGAAAAUGUUCCUUACCCUCCCCUCCUUGAAGCUCUUUUCUUUGUCAUAUGUGACUCCUUAUGCCCUGGUUUUUCUCCCUUUUUUUUUUCUUUCAUUACCUAAGUGUAGAUAUUCCCAUGGUUCCGUUUUUGACCCCCUGUUCUCCUCACUCUACACACCUGAUCUAAGUCUGUUCCUCUAGUUUCAUCUGUCAUCUGUAUGCUAAUGACCUUUCUGUCAAGCUUUAGACUCAUGUAUCCACUUGGAAGCCAGACUGCUUCACCUGGAGGUCUCAUAGCCAUUUCAAAUGUGUUUUGUCCAGAACUGAACGCAUCGUCUUCUCACCCCCAACCUACACUUCCUCCAACAUUGUUUAACACAGUUGAUGGCAAUAAUAAGCAUUUGUUCAAAUUAGAAACCUGCAGUUAACUUAAAUCCAACAUUACAUUCUCUACUUUCUAUACCUGAUGAAGCACCAAGCUGUGACUGCUUCACCCCCUGGGUAUUAUUGCCCCCUUGUCUCUAGCCCAGAAACCCUGGUGGUGUAGUGGUUAAGAGCUAUGGCUGCUAACCAAAAGGUCAGCAGUUUGAAUCCAGCUACCACUCCUUGGAAACCCUAUGGGGCAGUUCUCUCUGUCCUGUAGGUUUGCUAUGAGUUGGAAUCGACUCGACAGCAGUGGGUUUGGUUUUUGGUUUUAUCUGUAGCUCUGCUCCUCUCACGCUAGUUCAGGCUUCUGACAUCCUUUCCAGAGCUGUGUUACUCAAAGUGUGCUUUAUGGACCAGCAGCGUCAGCAUCAGCUGGAAGUUUGUUAGAAGGAAGGGAAUUGCAGGCCCUGCUACAGACCUACUGAAUGAGGAUCUGCAUUUUAACGCUAUCUCUAGGUGAUCUGUACUCACACAAUACGUUCCAAGCUUUUUCCUAGGAUAUUACCACAGCCUUCUAACCACUCUCCCUGCCCUCAAAUCUACCCUCAAUGUAACUGCUAGAGUGUUUUACCUAAAGUACAAAUCUUUCUGUUAUUCUCUGCAUAAAAAUCCUUCAUUGUUUUUCCAUUUUCUAAGAAUAAAAUCCAAGCUCCUUAGCCUUCUACCAUCUUGUCCCUGCCUACCUUGUCCAGGCUUAUCCUCUGCUGCUUCCUCCCAUGGCCUAUAUGGGUCAGUACCUACAAACUGCUUAUGGUUUCCAGAAGCCAUUACCCUAUUUUUUGUCUGUGUUCUUGUUCAUGCUGUCCACUUUGCCUGGAAUAUCCCCAUACUGUUCCUCUGGCUAUCUCCUGCUCAUUCUUUAACAUGCUGCUGCCCUGGACGUCUUUUCACUUCUUUCAAAGCUAAUCUGUGAUUCCUUAACCUGCAUGUCUAAGUAUCUCUCCAUGUGUCUUUUUCACUAAUUAUGAUGUAAGAUCUUUGAAGGAAGGGACUUCAUCUAACGCAUCUAUAUUUCCAGUGCCGAAGAUAGAAACUGGCACAAAGUAGGCCUGCCUAAUAGAGAUUAGUUCAAUAUGUAAAUCAGUGAACUACUAACUCAUCUUUAUUUACUGAGUGCUUACUCUGUGUCUGCAUUAUUUCAGUUUCCUACUUAGUGUUAUUCAACAUAUAUAGCUAGGAUUUUAAGGAAUGCUUAUAUAGGAAAGUGUAGAAAUAGAAGUGAUAGGGCUUCUGGAAGUGAGAGUAGAUGUUUGGGGAAAUGAAUGACAAAGUUCCACUUAUUAGGGUAUUUUUGCUAUUGUUAGGCUGAGGGUUAUCUGAAAUAAGUAGCUUCUAGUUUAGUGGCACGAGGUAAAUUUCAAUGGAGCCAGCUAUGAGAAGUAUACGUACUCUGGUCAGUUCUGGGAGGAGGGCCAUUUUAGUACUCCGGUCUGAAGUUUCAAGGCUAUUAGAAUGAAGGAAGGAGGGUUUGGGUUAAAUUCUCACCCUGGGCAUGGACAGGACUGAUCAUCAGCAAAAUUUAAUCUGGGCAUUGAGGUCAUUUUGCACUACCAUCAGAAGCUAGAGCUCAAAGAAUAAUUUUUCAACCCUGCCUUAACUUUUCCAUUUUCGGAGCAGGAGAUAUUUGGGGAUUAAAAGUAGUUGGAGGAUUUUUGAUAAUGGUAAAUUAGAUAAUGACAAUUUGAGAGAACAGUGGUAAUAGCAGAAUCCAUAUUACAAGUAAGUGGUAAUACAAAAUCAAUUUAACAUAUACCAUCUUAACUGUUUCACUCUUCACCUGUUUAUCCUCUUCUUUGUGUCUCUGCCUUCCUCUCCAUCUGCUAUUGUUUGUAUAUGUUUUUCUCCAUAUCUUAUAUCUUUCUCUUUUUCUUCAUCAUUCUCACUUCUUCAUGUCCCUCAUCCAGCCCCAGAUCUUAUUAGCACAGGAAUGGCUACCAUAACGAUAUGGAACUAAACAUAUAAUAUGAGAACCUACAUUUGCCAUAUUUGUAGUAUUACCUUUACAUCUUCAGAAAUGUUCCAGUCCCAUAUACAAGGAAAUGAACAUCAAAUUAAAGAAACCCUUGUUAUCAAUCUAGUGAAGGAUUCGAAGACACAAGAGUCUUUACAAGAUGAAUGUGAAGAUUACAUAAACAUGCAGAAAGCCAGGGAACUACAGCCAAACAUUUGUUUCAGCAAGAUGGAAGAGAGCUCCGUGGAAACAUGUGGGUACAGUGAAGUAAUCGCUUUCGAACCGAAACAAAGAGUGUUUGAUCAAAGAUUCCCAUGUGAGACUUUUCACACAUACCCAGAACCAUACAAUAUUUCACAAGCAGUGGAAAACCAGUUACCUCAUUACUUUCCAGCUCAUUCACAGAAGAGGUAUGACUCUUUCCAAGAUGAACUGGAAGAUUACAUUAAAGAGCAGAAAGCCAGAGGAUUAGAACCAAAAACUUGUUUCAGAAAGAUGGAAGAAGAUAACUAUAUGGAAACCCAUGGGUACAAAGAAGUGGUUGAUUUUGGACCUAGACAUAGAAUGUGUGAACAAAGAUUUUCAUGUGAGACUUCUGAGACCUACCAAGGACCAGACAGUGUUUCAGCAGAGGAAAACCAGUUAACGUAUAGGUUACCAGCUCCUUCAAAGAGGGCAUAUGACUCUUUCCAAGAUGAACUUGAAGAUUACAUCAAAGAGCAGAAAGCUAGAGGGCUGGAACCAAAGACUUGUUUCAGAAAGAUUGAAGAUAGCUCUGUCGAAAUCCAUGCAUACAGAGAAAUGGUUGAUUGCAGCCCUGGACGUAGAAUGAUUGAGCAAAGGUACCCAUUUGAGACUUUCCAGACCUACCCAGGUUCAUACACUAUUUCACAAGUAGUGGAAAACCAGUUACCUCAUUGCUCAUCAGUUCAUGACAGCAAACAGGGACUAGAAUCUAUGAACUACUAUCAACUCACCAGCAACUGUUUCUCAGAAAAACCAGUACCCCUGAGCCUUAGUCAAGAAAAAAAUAACCCGGGCCCAUACAGUGUAGAAUCUGAAGUUUACAAGGACCUCUCCUCAGAAAACAAUACCAGUGACCAUCGAGCAAGUCAUAAACGAAGACAUCAGAAGAGAAAGCGGCAUCUGGAAGAAGGAGAAGAAAAAGCAGAGAAGAAGCAGUCUAAACAUAAAAAGAAGAAGAGUACUGAGGAUGUGGAUUUAGGUGAAGACAAGAACAUCCAGCAAAGGGAAGGAAAAGUGGAUGAAGUCAGUGUCAGUUCAGGAAAGCUUAAACAUCGAAAGAAGAAAAAAAGUCGUGAUGUAGCCUCUGAGAAAGAAGCACGAAAGCACAGAAAAGAGAAGAAGAAACACGCUGAAGAAAGGACAGAAGAGGAAAUGCUUUGGGAUGAGUCUAUUCUUGGAUUUUGAACUUUUCGUUUUGUUUACCCAAGGAGGAAGUGAAGAAAUCAGUUACGGAUAUAGAUCUAGACAAAGACAAGAGUAUCCAGUGAAGAAAAGAGGAGAUAAUAGUCAUGUCAGUUCAGCAAAGCUUAAGCAUUGGAAGAAGAAAUAAAAAAGGCUAAGCCUAGCCUCUGAGAAAGAAGAACAUAAGCACAGAAACCUACCCAGUGGCUCUGCAGGAGGAAGACUGGUGAUCUGUUCCCAUACAGAUUAUCGCCUAGAAAAUUCCAUGGGGGCAGUUCUGCUCUGUCACAUGGGAUCACUGUGAGCCAGAACCAACUCUGCAGCACUUAACAAUAAGAAGCACAGAAAAGAGAAACCCGUUAAAGAAAAAUGGAAGAGGCAAUUCUUUGGGAUGGGUCUAUUCCUGGAUUUUGAAGCUUUUUAGUCUUGGCACCCCAAUGUUGAAGAAAUAGGCUGAGAAGUUUGCUUUCAUGUUACUUGAAUUUUCCUAGGUGAACAGGUACUUUAACCUCUAACAACAGCCAAGUGAAGUAAAAGAAUUCAAUAUGCCUUUUCCGCAAGUUGGAAAUCACUUUUCCUCGUUUUUUAAAAAAAGUUCCAUGUUUCUUACAUGAUACGUAAUUUCCCUUAAUGAGGGUGUCUCUACUUGUAUUCACCAAAUUGUUGUGAUAGCAAAUUAUUAACCCUUGGAGAUCAUUUAUUUUAAAUGAGAGAAUUACCAGGUAUUGAAGAAUCCAUUCCUUGUUUGGGUUCGUGUUAGUGUUGGUAGUGUUUUAUUGUUGUGUGUUUGUUUAUGUUGCCUGGUUUCUCCAAGGAAAAUGUACGAAGCAAGUUAGACUGAUUUUUUUUCUUUGUUAAAUCUAAUUUGCAGUGUAUUUUUGUAUUUUCUAGUUCUGAAAGUGGAAAGUAAAACAGCUAUAAUAAGUUUAAUGAUAUAUAGUUUUAAAAAGCUCUCAAAGUACUCAUACAAAAUCAGUCUAUAUUCUGGAAAUGUUUAUAUUAAAGUGUUUUAAUUUCUACAGAUUGUUUUAUGUAAGUGAUCAUUUAUUUCCCAUUCAAAGAUGAUUUUAUUUGGGGAGUGACAAGACAAUAAUUGAGUAAUUGGUACUUUAGGACCUCUGGGGAGAUCACUGUGUAAAGUUGUAGUAAUUGUAUUUCUCCCACAUCUUGCUUAAUAAAAGCUAAUAUUCAGGCUUGACCCCAGUUUUAGGUUAGAAAAAUAUGACCGACUAAAUACUUGACACUGAAAAAGGAAAACUUGAUAAGCAG